AUGGUGCAGUGGUUUAGUAUGGUAUUGUUAUCUAGGUUAAGCUUCUUCAAGGAAAAGGAACUUUUAAGUUCAUAUGGAUCUGGCCUCCAGAAAUACAGGAAAUCUGCUGAGGCUGUUAUCUGUGGCCUUCUUCCAGAUUCUCCAACAGCCACAAAAAGCAGAACAAAUGAUGGUCUGAUAUGGGUGAGCGAGUGGAACUCUUUGCAGCAUCCUGUUGCAUCUGCAUUCUUAGCUGCUGUUUACAGUGACUAUAUGCUUACGUUGCAGACUCCCAAAAUAUAUUUUCUGCCCCGUGUAAUCCUAAUGCUAUCUUCCAUUAUUGUUUCGUUCGAAGAAGGGUUUUCAUUUUCAUUUGCAGAAGAGGAUGUAGGGAGUGCUGCUUCAAUCUCCAUUGGCUCUGCGGCCUCUGCAGGUGCGGUUCGGUUACCAGUGUAG